GAGUGUGAGCGAGUUCGCAACAACAGCCUGGAUCAGACACGAUCUCUGCUGCGGGGGAUUACCGAUUCUCUGCGAGAUCUGCCACUCCUCGCGCGGUGACGUCGAUGUUUAUAUAACUGGGAGGGCACGGUGGGGAGUGUUUCACUUCGUCUCCUGUGUGUUUGUUAGGCGAAGAUACAAAAUGUGGAAGGUCGCUUUGACUGUUCUUGCGGCCGUUUUGGCCGUUGGAUAUGGGGCCAUGGUCGGGGGCUUUAGAGACGCCGAUGUCAACGAUGAAGGUGUGCAAAACGCUCUCCACUUCGCCGUCGUCCAACACAACAGAGGCAGCAACAAUAUGUACCUCAGUCAAGUGGCAGAAGUGAUCAAGGUUCAGUCACAGGUGGUCGCUGGCAUCAAGUACGUCAUAACCGUGAAGAUGGCAAAGACCCCCUGCAGAAAGGAUGGUGUAGAGGAAGUGUGCGAAAUCUACACAGACCAGGCAUUGGCUAAGCCCUACCAGUGCACAUUCGAAGUGUGGAGCCGCCCAUGGCUUAAUUCCAUUCAGUUGCUGAAGAAUGAAUGCAAACACUGAGAUCUACGUGGGACGCUAGAACGAGAACGCUUGGGAAAUGUUACCUUUGUGUCAGAAUAACCUUCUCUUAGACUGCAAUGCACUUUCCUGUAGGUGGAAAAAAUAUAUUAAUAUUAGUAUUUGCUCCCUUUGCUACUGCACUGCUAACUAGUUAAAUUUGUUUUCAAUUUCCAAAAUUCACUAUCCAGUGUUACAAACUAGGUCUCCUUGAUUUUUAAAGAAGCAACUUUGCUUCAUCAUUAAACCAAGCAAAUAACAAACUGUUGUGUAGCCAAAUUGAUCAUGAGCUGCUUUUUUUCAGAUAAUUCAGUUUUGAAAUAAAGUCAAACUCUCACACAAA